AUGGCCUUUCUCGCUGGGCUCCUUGCUGGAGUGGCCGCGUUCGCUUUGUGGCUAGUGCUUACGUUGAAGAGUACUUGGGCUACUACAUUUCUGGCCAAAAGAUUGAUUGCGGGCAUGAGCACAGGGCGCAAGCGAGAAAUUUUAGUCUUUAUCACCAGCUACGUGCAAGAUGAAGCAACCAACCUUGAGAAGUACAGGGAGAAGCUGCUGGUCAGGUUAUGGCAUGAUGGGUUGAAACGCUGGAUGAGUGCUCGAGAAAAAAUGUGUGCCAGCGGUCUCCCUGUGACAGAGGAGCAAGCGAAAGCGGCAAACAUCCCGAGACAUGCAGAUUGGGAAGCUGAUUGGGGGUGGCACAAGAGGGUGGGAAACGGCCAGCAACUUCAGAAUGUGGGGCUCAUCUUGAUUGCCAUCCUGUCCAACUUGAAGCUCAAGGACACAGCCCCUUCCAACAUCUUGGAGCUCCAGCCCCCUUCGGAACCAGAAGGACUAACACCGCUCAAGGAUGGAUCCUACUUGCUUUCCAUCGCUGGAAUUGGAUUCAAACUGGCCACCAAGGAUCUUGCCUUGCAAGCACACCAAGCCUUGCAUGAGAAGAAUCUUGAGCUGCGGAGCAUGAACGUUCCAGACUUGGCACUUGAAAUGGCCAAACUCGUGACCGGUGGGGUGCCAGCUUCAUUUCACAAAGCAAAGAAGGAUGGCAAAAAAGAGCAAGUUCUUCAGCAAUGGUUUCAGCAGGUUCUCAUCCCCAGCUAUGAAACUGAGGGGGGGGGAGGCCUCAAGCAAUUGUCAGCUGAAAAACCACCCAAGAAAGGAGAGAAAAGCACAGAACCGACACCGUCAGCCAAGAAGCUAGACACCCUAGAAAGUUUGCAGGGCCACAAGCCAGAGGUUCUUCCCGGGGUGGUUGAGGAGACACCAGAACUGAUGGCAAGGAUCCUGAUUCUAGGUCAAAACUGGGCAGAUCUUGUGAUGGCAGGAGAAAAAUGCAUCGAGUUGCGAAAGACAAGGAUAUCUUCUUGUAAGCAACCAGAAAUGAUGUACUUGGGAGUCAAAGAUACAAUUUUUGCUCGGUGCCUAGUUUGCCCUGGUGUGAAAAUCGAGAACGAAGAGCAGUUCAACAUGUUGAGGAAUGGUCACCGAUGGGAAGGUGAGAAGCUUCCCUACGGCUUCCCGUUCAUGGGGCAUGCCUUGUUGCAGGUUCAGGCAUUGAAGCCUGUUGAAUUUCAAAGGGUGUGGGGCACUAUUGGUAGGGCCUUGUAUCGGCCUCCUGGUUUCGUGGGGCUUCCCGAGGAUGGAGAAGAGGAAGGAAAAGGCUCUUCAGGCUCAAAGGUUGCAGAAGAAGAUGCACAAGACAAAGGAGAGGCAACAAGCUCAAAAGGCAACGUGGCCAAGAAAAAGGGAUCUCAAAAGGAAAAGACAGGCAAAAACACGACAAAGACCAAGCAGAACCAAAUCAAAUGCCUUCCACCAUCUGCGCUUGAAGGCCAAACGGUGGAGACAGUUGAGCCUACCGAGCACCUUCAACCUAGCUCGCAGAGGCUUGAAGCAAAGCAGAAGCAAUUGCAAAGGAAAAGGGAUGCAGACAAGGCUGAUGUUCACAUCUCGGGAGGGGCCUUGGCACACCUCAACAACCUUGCCUUUCCACGCGGUCCCUCAAAGACAGCUGCCUACUUGUUGGGGGAGGUUGGCAAAAAAAAGUCUGUUUCAGUGAAGUCUCUCUGGAUUCCAAGUUGGGAGGCGCAGGGUGAGAUGGAGAAGUGGACUGUGAACGAAGCCGGUUUGAAAAAAUGGGCCAAAACUUUCCGACCUGCUCUGGCAGUGGUGGGGCUUUGCCUGGUGGUGCCAGAUCAGGACACUCCUGAAGUGUCAGCGCUCAUGGCCUUUGAUCAAAUUUUGAAAGAAGCUUCCCCAAAGGAGCUGAUCUUUGGUUUGGUUGGAAAAGACAAGUAUUGCAAAAUGUACCACAUCGUCGAAGAUGUUGCACAAGAGUUACACCUUGAAGUUCACUGGGUGGGAGAUGCCUCCCUCUACACUGCCCACGUGGAACGUGACGCCAGCAUGCAGAGCAAAUAUGCAGAAUGCUUGGCAGCCUAUCCCUUGGCACAGCUUGAGCUCAGCAAAGUUACACCCAAAUCAAGCAUGUGCCCAGAAAGUGUGCAAGAGGCAGGGCAGAGAAUGGCAACAGUUCUGCAGCUGAAGGGCACCCUGGAGCUUCGUCUGGCAAAAAGGUCCAAGCGCAGCAGGACUGCUUCCUCUUUGUCUACACCAGCAAGCGAGAAGGGAGAUUCUGCACCCACCGAGGUUGCUGAUGGCAAAGAUGUACCGCCUCCUCUUUGUGAUUUCGAGGACAACAAGUCCGAUGACGAGAUGAAGGGGGCGGCUAUGGUGGAUGAAGCUGUGUAUGAGGCUCCAGGGCUUGAGGAAGACCCUGCGAAGCAAGAUGAGAUGAGACUUGUGCCUGCUGAGCCCCAUGUGCAGGAGGCUGUGGAAGAGGAGGGCGACCCCUCUGGAGAGGAAGAUGAGGAACCGGAAAAGAAAGGUCGCAGUGACCCCAGGAACCGUUUUAGCAUUUACCAAAAGAUGCAGGCAAUCAGAGAGAUGGACCGAUUGAUUGAAAGCGGCCAAACAACUGGAAUAGAAAAAGCCGUGAUGAAAACAUUUCCAGCGAUUUUUUGUGGCUUGAAGGGAAACAAGAGUGGCAUGUUGGGCCGUUGGAAGACACAGUGCGACAAACAGCGCUGGAGGGAAAUCCCCUUUGAGAAGCUUUCAGUCGCUGACAGGCAAAUGAAAGAAUUGCCUGAUUGGGUCAGGAUUCCCUUGGGUUUGGUCCCUCGCAACUUGGAGCGCUUCAGGGAAGGUGGACAAGUGCCAGUUUGCAUAGUCAACCAGCUGGUUGAUCUUGUGGAGAAGCUGACAACUGGCUGUAAUUCUGCUGCUUUGACAACAGGUACUUUGAAUAGCAAGCAAAUCCAGAAAGAGGCAGAGAGGCUCCUGAAAAUCUACAACAAAGCACAAGAGGAGGCAGCUGAAGCAGCAGGAAAACCAGUUCCUCUAGCAAAAACCAAGAUCUCUGACAGGCGGGCCAAUCGGUUGUUGGUGAACUAUGGGUGGAAACGCCACGCUCCAAACACAUAUGGCGCAUACCUGGCUUACGACGACGAGCGCAUGGUGAAAUCUCGCAAAAUGUUUGGAUUCAGAAGGUUGGCCAACAACAUCCGCUUGGACCUGUGCAUCAACUUUGACCAGGGGCAAGAGGGAGUCUGCUGUGAAAUUCUUGAUGGGGCUACAGGAAAAGGCCAGCCAAUGGCAAGUCAAGAAGAGAAGAAUUCAAGGGCAGACAAUGUGAGUUCUGCCCGGCACUCCUUCACACUUGUGACGUCCUUGUGGGGAAAUGGAGAAGUGGGACCGUUGACGAUCGUCCUACCCUUGGGUUUUCUCAAAGAUGAGGAACGCGCUGAUUUGGAGAGAAGGUUCAAGCCUGAUGUGUUUUUUGUGUCAUCGGGUCGUGCCUCCCACUUUAUGAACGCGGAGGUGGUGGUGCAAUUUUUUGACCACGUUCUUGUUGAGGCAUUUGAUCAACGCAGGCGCGUGCUUGGCGAGCGCUACGGCCAAUCCUUCGAGUCAGAAUGGGGCCUCAUUCUGUGCGACAGUUUCACUGGACAUCACUCAACCUCUGGGGGGGCAGAUGUCCAGCGCAGCCAGGAGGUUGGUCUGCACGAGGUCAACCGUGCGUGGGCAUGGCUAAGCCGUGGGAUGGCUACGUAUGAUGACAUGCAGGAGUUCAACCCGGGGAUCGAGGGCAUGGACAAGGAAUCAUUGAAGAAGGAGAUGAGCGCUUGUGAGCUCAACGCCGAAAAUUCUGAGACGUGGACAUCAUCCAUUGAAGAGGUCUUUAUGCAACCAGACGUUCAACGGACAACCUUUCUCUGGCAAAUUGAUCUCAAAAGCGAAGCUGAGGUAGCGUGGGAGGAUGAAGAAGAAGACCAGGAGUUGAAUUGGAGGUGUUUGCCAGCACAUUGGCAAGCCAUUCUCAACUCACGACUUGCAGAGUUCAACUCGAAGAUUCAGGAUGCAGAGGCAUUCUAUUUGCAUCGCAAAGGAGAGUUUGGCGAGGGGGACGUGAAGACCAAAAAUGCACUCAAAAAAUGGGAGUCUUUGAAAGAAGGUGAAGGAGCAAGCAGCGUCAUCUUGAUUGCAAAGGGCACUGGCAAGGAGGCUUCACCCGAGGUCUACCACAGAGCUGUCUCCCGCUCGAAAGGUGUAGUCAAAGUACAGUGUGGACCAAAAAUCACGGCAUACAAGCUGAAUGUGAAAGAAAUGAACCUAGACGAAGGGGGAUUUGAAGCUGCAGAGGAUGGGCUGGAAGCCAACAUCCCCAUCGACCCUGAGGAAGAGGAGCACAACGCAAAAGAGUCGAUCAAUGUUGACAAGGGCGAUGACUUUCCCUGCUUUGGCCAAUCUCAGGAUGAUGCUUCGGACGAGGAGAUUGUGUAUGAGUUCAAGGAUUGCGAUGCCGCCUUUGAAUGCGUGGCCACAGAAGCGACGUCUUCCUCUGAGCCGGCACCAGUUGGAGUGUCACCAGCUGGCACCAUCAAGACUAUGGCAGCUUUCAUGUUUUUGGAGCAAGUUGGGCUUUCUGAGAUUCCCAACGUUCCAGGUGUUGGGAUGGGGGUUCACACUACCACCCAAUGUUGGCAAAUUCGCUACCCUCGUGCAACUGGCAAGCAAUCAGCCGGCAGGUGUUGGGGUGACCUCAAAAAAAAGGGGUUUGUGCCUCCUUGCCGUGCACUGUUGGAAUGCUUGCUUUGGUGUUGGGAGGUCCAUUUGGCCGAGAAUCCCACGUGUGCUGUUUCGGCUGGAAAGAUCCAGCUUUUGAAAGGGGCCAUAAAGGCUGAUUUGGGACGUGACGUCAAAUAG